AGAAUAAUGCGCCUGGUCUUCAGCGAAAGCACACGCUUUGGCUUUGAAUUCGACGCGCAGCCCGAGCCUCAUCAAUCAAUAUCUGAUUUCAACAAUUUUCAUCACUAUAAAAUUUGAUUUUCCCACUGACCCAUCUCCAAUCAUUCGAGUGCCAAAAGUUCCAGAUUCUUCCCCGGAGAUUCCAGGCUCCACCACGAUCGUUUUCUUCGCCCUGCACAUGCAGAAUUCUCCCAUUCCAAGUUCCAAUACGUGAUCAUUGAUCACCCUGGGAUUCUCCUUCCGUUGAUCUUCCAACCCCAUGUGCCGUUUCUUUCAUCCAUCGGCUUUUGAUCGUCGCCAUAGUUCCAUCUUGUCGCCAGUUUUAACUUCGAUUUCUGCCAUUGGGGCUACAGAGAGAGCUUCAGAUUGACAUUCACUCUGAGAAGGAAGUUUGUUUGUUCGUUUCGUUCCAUUUGCCGAACAGAAGGGGAAGAUGAGGGUGGUCAAGUCUCAGGUGUGGCAACCGUGUAAGAAGAAGAGGUCUUAAUCGGCGGAUUUUGACGCGAGAAAAGAGGGUGAGGGUGAGGGUGAAGCAGAUAGAAUUAUCAGAGAUGUCUUCCAGGUCCGUUAGUCAUAGCAAAGCGCGGGUGGGGAGGUACGAGCUGGGACGAACCCUUGGAGAGGGCAGCUUCGCCAAGGUUAAGUUCGCUCGGAAUUGCGAGACAGGAGAGAACGUGGCCAUCAAAAUCAUCGAGAAAGAUAAGAUUCUCAAGCACAAGAUGAUCGGCCAGAUUAAACGUGAAAUAUCAACGAUGAAACUCAUUAGGCAUCCAAAUGUCAUACGCAUGUAUGAGGUGAUGGCUAGCAAGACCAAGAUAUAUAUUGUUUUGGAAUUUGUAACUGGUGGAGAACUUUUUGACAAAAUUGCAAGCAAGGGAAGAUUGAAAGAAGAUGAAGCAAGAAAGUACUUUCAGCAGCUUAUUAAUGCCGUGGAUUAUUGUCAUAGUAGAGGUGUCUGUCAUCGAGACCUAAAGCCAGAGAAUUUAUUAUUGGAUGCUAGUGGUGUUCUAAAAGUUUCAGAUUUCGGAUUGAGUGCUGUACCUCAACAAGUUCGAGAAGAUGGAUUACUUCACACAACAUGUGGAACGCCCAAUUAUGUUGCUCCAGAGGUCAUCAACAAUAAAGGCUACUAUGGAGCAAGGGCUGACAUAUGGUCAUGUGGGGUUAUCCUUUUUGUUCUCAUGGCAGGGUAUUUGCCAUUUGAAGAAUCCAGUCUCAUGGAAUUGUAUAAAAAGAUUUUCAAGGCUGAUUUCACGUGUCCGCCAUGGUUCUCCUCUAGUGCCAAGAAACUAAUCAAGAGAAUCCUGGAUCCGAAUCCAUUAACGAGAAUUACAAUUGCCGAGGUCCUUGAGAAUGAGUGGUUUAAGAAAGGAUACAAGGCACCUGCUUUUGAAAAUGCUGAAAUCAGUCUUGACGAUGUUGAUGCCAUCUUUAAUGAGUCAGCGGAUACUCAUAACCUUGUUGUUGAGAGAAGAGAAGAACGACCUGCUUCACCUGUCACCAUGAAUGCGUUUGAGCUCAUCUCAAAAUCUCAGGGCCUCAAUCUUGCUACUCUUUUUGAGAAGCAAAUGGGGGUAAUUAAACGUGAAACAAGAUUCACGUCCAACUGUCCUGCAGAUGAGAUCAUUUCCAAGAUUGAAAGGGCUGCAGUUCCUUUGGGUUUUGAUGUGAAGAUUAACAACUUCAAGAUGAAGCUCCAAGGGGAAAAAACUGGACGUAAAGGUCAUUUAUCAGUGGCAACAGAGAUUUUUCAGGUUGCUCCUUCAUUGUACAUCGUAGAGCUCCGCAAAGCAGGAGGCGAUACUCUAGAAUUUCACAAGUUCUAUAGUAACCUCUCAACUGGACUGAAAGAUAUCGUAUGGAGACACGGAGACAAGAUGGGGCAAGAGGCCACUGGUACAGGUUUUUGAAAAUUCUAGGUGAUAGUUGAUACUCUCUGAAGUGGUGGUGUCGUCUCUGUGGCUGUCGUAUUUAUGUUAUGUUCAAUUAUGUAGCGAAAUUUAUCUAAGAAUAUUGAAAUGUUAGAUUAUAAAUUAUUAAUAGACAGUUAAAAUAUAUACAAAA